CCAGAGAUCGCUAAGGGAUAAUAAGGGAAUUUUUAAAUUUUUCAAUUUUUCUGGAGAAAUUAAAAAAUAAAUUCUAAAGAUAAAAAGAAACGCCAAUAAGCCUUUGACCUCAGAUAAUACAUUUUUGCAAGAGUAAUCUUGGUGUGUUAUUAGAACUGUGGAUAAUAUAAAAAUCCUCAUCGACCUUCAAGCAAUUCGCUUAAAUCUAAAUAAGGCUGUUAUGCUAAUCUACAUAGUAAAACAUAAUUUUGCAUAUAAGUGUCCUAUAAAUACAUAUAAUUUUUCCAGGUAAAAAGAUUCUUUUGAAAUUUGCUUUUAUCAUUAUUAAAAAAAUGAAAAAGAAACAACUCAAACCAACGAUAUUUUUCGUUUUAUUUAUUAUUUUGGUGAUCAUUCUUCUUGCAUGCGCCUUAUUGUAUACUAGAAACUCUACAGACAAUAAUCUCUUGGUAUCCUUGCCUAAUGGACAAGUUCGAGGAGCAAUUUAUGUGACUAAAACUGGAAAAACCUAUUAUGGAUUUCGAGGAAUACCAUAUGCUAAACCACCAGUUGGUGAUUUAAGAUAUGAGUUGCCACAAUCAGUCGAACCAUGGAAUGGAAUUUUGAACGCUUCAAUCGACGGAAAAGCUUGCAUAUCUCUGGAAUAUUCAGCCAGUGCUCAAAGCGAAGAUUGUUUGUUUAUAAAUAUUUAUGUUCCAAGUAUCGGGAAAUUAUUGGAAAACAAACAUCUUCCAGUAAUGUUUUGGAUUCACGGUGGAGGUCUUACAACAAACAGUUCCGAUAAGCUUUGGAACGGUCCAGAUUUUCUUGUAGAAAAAAAUGUCAUAAUGGUUUCAAUUAACUACAGACUAGGUCCUUUAUCAUUUUUAUCCACGGGCGAUAGCAUUUUGCCUGGAAAUUUAGGAUUAAAAGAUCAAGCUUUUGCCAUGGUAUGGGUACGUGAUAAUAUUGAACACUUCGGAGGAGAUCCAGAUAAAGUUACUAUUUUUGGACAUAGUGCCGGUGCAAUUUCGGUUGGUGCACAUUUGUUGAGCAAAAGAUCAGCAGGUUUAUUUAGAGCAGCAAUUCUUCAAAGUGGCUCAGUCACGCAAUACCGGGCAAUAGAGCGAAAUCCUAGAAGUGUAGCUUUUGCAUUGGCUAACAAAAUCCCUGGAGGAUUCUAUCAAAAUGAUACUCGAGUACUUAAAGAUUUUUUAAAAUCAAAAAGUGUUGAGGACAUUUUAAAUGCCACCCUUUUAUUACCUUCUAGUAUGUCAUUUUGGCUGACGAUGGAACCUGAGAGUGAUGAUGCAUUUUUAACCGAAUCGCCUUAUGUGUUGCUUGAGAGUGGAAAUUUUAACCAGGUUCCAAUUAUAAUUGGCGUAACAGCUGAAGAAUCUGCAUAUUUUUUAAAGGAUCUGAAUGGUACGAAAAGUACUGCUGAAGCUUUAGAAAGCUCGCCAUCAAAUAUUAUACCGAGUGAUUUAUACACAAAUUCAACCUCAGAACCAGCUAUUUUACAAAAAAUUAGAGAAAUAUAUCUUAAUGAAGGAGAAACGUUUUCAAGUAAUUUAACGGCCUUUGUAAAGUUUUAUUCAGACGAUCUUUUUAAAAUAGCAGCACAGAAACACGCCGAGCAUGCAUCAAAGUAUGUUCCAGUAUAUCAAUAUCAAUUUUCCUAUUUCGGAAGAUUCGGCAGUACAAUACCGAUCGAUGGAAUUGAAAAAGCUACACACACAUCAGAUCUGCCUUUUAUAUUAAACUUAUUUGGUUCAGAUGGGGAUACGGAUGUAACGAAUUUGUUGGUACAAGAACAAAUCGUUACACUAUGGACGAAUUUUGCGAAAUACUUAAAUCCUACUCCAUUUGAAACGAAAUUAUUCGACAACAUAAUAUGGUCAACAUUUAAUAAUCCAGAUUUUCCAUAUUUGAGCAUAAACUCCUCCUUGGAGGUGCAAACAAAUCUUGGAGGUCGUGCCUAUUCAAGUUGGUAUGAUAUUUAUGGAACUUAUGGUAGAAAACUAUUUAAGUUAGGAGUAGAAUAGAUAAAUGUCCUAAACCGAAUUAAAAAAAUAAUGAAAACCAAAACUGCUAGUUUAGAA